ACAGCACCAUGUGGCCAAACACAAACACAAACACCAGCAUAAACACAACACCUUUCCGAUCCGAUCGCUUCUCUCUCUAACUGACUUCAAAGUUCAAAAUACUUCAAAACUCUCAACUCCUCACUGUCAAAUGUACCAAGAUUCCCCCGAAUUUCUCUCUUCCACUCCCAUUCGUCGUUUUUUUCGUUUUCCUAAUUUCUAAAACAAAAACAAAGGUCUCCUUUGUUGCUCUUAACUUCAACUCCACUAAAAACUCAAUACUUGUAAUUCAAAACCAUUACGCAUUGGUAAAACCACUUUGAGUUUUUUGCUAGGGUUUAUCUUUUGCUCUCGAUGGCAUUUUCGUGAAAAAGAGCAAGAAGAAAGGAAAUCAAUGGCGGCAAGUCCAGGAGGCUUUACGGCUCAGCUAAAUUUCAAGCUGGGACGACGACCUGGUGGUUAUCCGAUGCGUAACCAGCUUGGGUUGGACUUGGAGGUGAGGAAGCGGAGGAGGCUAAGAGUCGAGGCCUCUAGUGACCGAAUCGGGACGAGUCGAAUCAGCUGUUGCUGCUCUGACCCGGUGGUGCCGAUCCGGAGAUCAAGCGGGUCGGGUAAGAGCAUGGAGAAGUCCGAAGAUUGGCGGUUCGAUCAGAAGAAAAGUUCUCACAGUCACAGAGUCCGAGUCCAUGCCUCCCCUGCAUUGCCUUUCGCUUCUCCUCAAUCGCCCUUUGUUUCGAAAAAGGAAAAAAUCUACCCCCGAUGUACCCCGAGAAAUUCUGGUCCGCAAUCUCGUGACACUCCUCCAAGAAGAGACACUGGUAUUGCGAACGAGAAGGACUGGGGCAUCAGCUUAUUAAACGAAAAUGUUAUUGAGUCCGGAACUAAUGAAGAUGGAAGUACUUGGUAUCAAGAAAGUGGGGAAGACUUGGGCGAAAAUGGAUACAGAUGUAGAUGGACAAGGAUGGGUGGUCAAUCACAUGAUGGUUCCUCUGAAUGGAAAGAAACGUGGUGGGAGAAAAGCGACUGGACCGGAUACAAAGAGCUAGGUGUAGAGAAAUCUGGUAGAAAUGGUGAAGGGGAUUCAUGGUGGGAAACUUGGCAAGAAAAUCUUCAUCAAGAUGAAUGGAGUAAUCUAGCAAUGAUAGAGAGGAGUGCACAGAAACAAGCAAAAUCUGGCACUGAAAAUGCUGGAUGGUAUGAGAAGUGGUGGGAGAAAUAUGAUGCUAAAGGCUGGACUGAGAAAAAAGCUUAUAAAUAUGGAAGACUAAAUGAACAGUCAUGGUGGGAGAAGUGGGGAGAGCAGUAUGAUGGAAGAGGAUCUGUUCUCAAAUGGACUGAUAAAUGGGCUGAGACAUUACUUGGGACCAAAUGGGGAGACAAGUGGGAAGAUAAGUUCUUUGCUGGCAUAGGUUCACGGCAAGGGGAGACAUGGCAUGUGACUCCCGGUGGGGAUCGUUGGUCAAGAACAUGGGGGGAAGAACACUUUGGAAACGGCAGUAAAGUGCAUAAAUACGGGAAGAGCACAACAGGUGAAAGCUGGGAUAUUGUUGUGGAUGAGGAAACCUAUUAUGAGGCUGAACCUCAUUAUGGUUGGGCGGAUGUUGUGGGUGAUUCAAGCCAGUUACUUUCAAUUGAACCUCGAGAAAGGCCUCCUGGUGUAUACCCAAAUCUAGACUUUGGGUCAUCUCCACCACCUCCAUCUGAUGACUCACCAGAAGAUUUGCCUCCUUCACAAUGAAGAGAGCUGAUUUUUGGCCUCAUACUUCAGUUAGAUGGUUUGGUUUAUUCAACUUCAGUGAUAUUUCUCUUACGUAGUAAAAUAUAUAUAUUGGUUGAAAAGUUGAAACUCUUAUAAGAAAAUUGUGAAUUGCUCUUUAAAUUAAUUCAUUCUUUCCAUUGUUGAUGCUUC